GUACAACACACCGUGCUACCAACUUUGCGGUGCGCCGGCCGAAACUUUUUCGUGCCGCCGUCAGUGGCGAUGCCGCAGCCGUUCGGAGCUUUAUUAUCGCCGCCGCCGUCGUUACGGCGCACCCGUAUCGCAGCUUUCGCCGCCGCCGCCGCCGUUUCGUAUCGCCGCUUACGGCCAACGUCGCCGUCGUCGUCGUCGGUGCCGCCGUCCGACGGCAGCAGCACUAACGACAAUAACAACAACAACAACGCGUCCGACACCACCGGCCCUUAUCGCUGCCGCUGAUUCCGUCGCGCUCGCAGUGGUCAGUCGCACCGCCGAGUGCACGUUCGCCCCGCACGGCCGUCGCCGUUGCCGUCGUCGUCGUCCCGAUCGGUGCCGUUGUCGUCGUCGUCGCUGUCGCUGUCGCCGUUAUUGCCACUGCCGUCGCAGUCGCCGUCGCCGCUUUUGUAUUAUCGAACGGCGGCCGCACCUCAGCACGCUCGCAAAGCUAUUAUCACUCUCAGGUACAGUCGCUGCUAUUAUCAACGUUCUCGUCGAACACACGAGAUUCCCAUCAGCACUGACGACACCGCCGCCACCACCGCUACCGUCGUCGUCGUCGUCGCCGCCAAUACUACUGUCGCUAGCACAACCUCCACCGCCGCCGCCGCCGCCGUCGCCACCACCACCACCACAGCCGCCGCCGCCACCGAGUGUAGUACGACCGCUACGAUACUAUUACUACGACUCGCCACGCGUCACCGUUUUUGUUCAUAAUCAGAAAACAUCGUAGCUGACACAAAAAUGUCCCUCCUCAACGUUAAAGUAAAAAUGGCUCGUUAUGUUGGAGACCAAGCGCCACAAUUCAGCACAUAUGCCACGUUAAAACUACAAAAUGUUAAGUGUACUACCGUCACGGUUAAAGGACCAAAUCCUUGUUGGCAACAGGAUUUUCUAUUCGAAACAAAUGACGUUAAUACUGGUCUGUUGGUGGAAGUGUGGCGCAGAGGGUUUCUCUUGGACUACGCGAUAGGAUACCACAUGGUCAGCUUACCAACAGUGCGUUACUCCAACGAGGAUGGCGAAGGAGAUUGGGUAUCUUUAGAUGCUGAACUUGAAAUGAGCGACGGUGUAGUGACUGGUACCAGGUGUCCUACAGGACAUUACCUUUUGAUUGAUGCUAGGUUCGAACUACCUUUUGGCCCUUACGAUCCACCGACUGGUUGGAAAGAAAUCUUAGGAGAGCUGGAUAACUCCAACACGGCUCCGCCGAGCGCCAGUGCAUCAGGAGGUCAAGCCUUAUUGUGUGUAGACAAUGACGAAAUCUGUGAUAUUGUGGACUAUCAGAAAAAAUUCGAAAUCCUAAACACUUUUGAACAGGACUCAAGAUCUGAAGAUGUUUCAGCACAAUUUCAAUAUUAUGGGCAGUCUGCAGGUAAUUCAGAAGAUAGCGAUUAUACAAGCGAUUUUAAUUAUCCAAUAUGUCAACAACAAGCAAAUUCUUCAGCCUCUCAGUUUAGAAAUCUCGCUGAUCAAUUAGAAAUGAGUCCUUGCAGUAGUCCAGAUCAUCCAAAUACAAAAACCUCAGCUGGUAGUCAACAUCUAUAUGACUCUCAAAGGUAUGAAGAAAGGAGGGUUCCAGAAGAAGAUUUGUAUUAUAAUAGUAGGCCAAAUACUUAUAAAGACCACAAAAGGCGAAAAAAUGACUACAAAAUAGGAACCAGUGAAUGGUAUGAUGAAGAGUCUUCAACAACAUUUCACAACCAAGAACAAUUUGCCACUUCUUCCAGACAUUCUUGUAAAAAGCAUAUUUCUAAAUACCAACAACGAAAGGCAAAUAAAAAUCGGAGGUUAAGUUUGGAAAGACAAUCCGCUUUGUAUCGACCUACUUAUUACGAAGAAUUUUAUGAUAAUAGGGACCAAUUUGAACCUUAUGACAAUAAACAAAAUUGUGAACAAGUGAUUCCAUAUGGACCAGAAAAGUAUUACAAUGAUGGACCCAACGAUGAAAUUUACAACUACGAUAAUAGUUAUAGUUAUGCGGACCAAAAAGAGGAAGAUAGUCAAUGGGAUGGCGGGGGUGUUGGAGAGUACUACUAUUCGCCUGGGUCGAGUAGUGACACUCAACAGCUAAAAACCACAUACCCCGUUCAGCAAGAAGUCGAUGAAGAAAACGAAGAGGUAUAUUUUUCACCAAACCAAAGUUAUGAAGAUCGUCAUUAUAAUGAAAUUCCUUACGAAGUAUCAUCACCAGCUGUACCAGCUCAAAGGCAUAAACAACUUCCCGAAAUACCCAUUAAAAAAACACCUUAUAUGGAUUAUUACUCAAAUUCUUAUUAUAAUGAACAAGUAUCAAGUACCAAAAAAAUGUUACCUCAAAUACCUCUCUCUCGUAUCAAGCAAUCGCCUUCAAUGCCACAAACUUAUCAAAAAAUUCAGCGAAGACCCAGUAUUGAUCAGAGGUCUAGUUCAUUGGAUCAUAAAGAUGGAGAUUAUACAUAUACAGAAACUAUAAAUAAAGAGCAAUUUGAAGAGUACGAUGAUGGAUAUUAUAACGAUAACCUUAACUUACAGCACGAAAAACAGUACGCACAAAAUAAUUCAAUGAGUUUAACUAGUACGAAUAAUGAAUAUGAAAGUCAAAGAGAUAUCAUAAAUGAUAAAAAAGAAGAGACCGAAGGAUUUAACCGUAGGGAUACAUUUAUGAAGUUUUAUCAAAGAACAGUGAAACAUUUAGAAAAUCCUAGAAGUUUUUUUCAACAACACAACGAUUCAGCAGAAUCACAAGAAGAUCAUAAAGAGGAAUCUUUUGAAACGGCUGUAUCAUCAGUAAGUACGUCUAACCGACGUUGGAUGCAAGAAGUACCUUCGCCAAAAACAAAUAGUUAUGAACAGUAUAAACCUAAAGAAGAUACGUCAUCUUCUGUUGGUUAUACAUUAAGGCAACAGGAAUCCACUGAUAGUUAUCAAGAUGAAUUAUUACCAAUGGAGGACCACAAUGACGAACCGGAAUCACCUAGGGUAUUACCAGAAAUUCCCACUUCCACCGGUUCUGUUGAUUUGUUUUCCAGUCCCAUAAAACAUUAUCCACCUUCUUUAUCACAACAACAGCAACAACAUCAACUACAACAGCUACAACAGCUACAACAACAGCAGCAGCAACAACAACAACAACAACCACAACAACUACAACAACAACAACAGCAGCAGCAGCAACAACAACAGAUACAACAAAAACAGCUACAGCAAGAACAACAAGAUAGUAUUGAAGACCAAGAGGAUGAUGAUCAACUGGAUCUGGAAGAAGAAAAAGAGUUAUCAGUUGAAGAAGUUAGACCUCCAGAACCAACAGCUCCUGAAGAGAAAAGUAAUUUGGCAAGAAUGCGAUGGCACAAAGCAUAUAACAAGAUCGUUCAUCAGUUAAAUAAUGGAAGAGGGAGCGGAGAAAACAUUAAUAGAGCGAAUGGACACCCUGGAGACAAUCCGUUUUAUAGCAACAUCGACAGCAUGCCGGAUAUUCGACCCAGGAGAAAAUCUAUCCCUCUUGUCUCGGAACUGGUUCUCAAGACAAUGGCUGCCACAAAAAGAAACGCAGGACUGGCAUCAGGAGUUCCACGUCCGACUCUCAACGACGAAGAGCUGAAAAUGCACGUAUACAAAAAAGCUCUGCAAGCUCUAAUCUAUCCAAUAUCAUCGACUACACCGCAUAAUUUCGUCUCGUGGACUGCAACUUCACCGACGUAUUGUUAUGAAUGUGAAGGGUUGCUGUGGGGCAUCGCCCGACAAGGGGUACGGUGCACCGAAUGCGGGGUCAAGUGCCACGAGAAGUGUAAAGAGCUCUUAAACGCCGACUGUUUGCAAAGAGCGGCCGAAAAAAGUUCCAAACACGGUGCCGAAGAUAAAGCGAUCUCAAUUAUACAGGCAAUGAAAGACAGAAUGUUGCAACGCGAACGAGAUCACCCAGAGAUUUUCGAACUUAUCAGAUCAGUGUUCGGCGUGGAGGAGAAAAGCCAUCAGGGUCAUAUUAAAGCAGUGAAACAAUCGGUUUUGGAUGGUACCUGCAAGUGGUCAGCAAAAAUUGCCAUCACAGUAAAAUGUGCUCAAGGGCUCAUUGCUAAAGACAAAAGUGGUACAUCAGAUCCAUACGUAACUGUUCAAGUGGGUAAAGUUAAAAAAAGAACGCGAACUAUGCCUCAAGAGCUCAAUCCUGUUUGGAAUGAAAAAUUUUAUUUCGAGUGCCACAAUUCUUCGGAUCGUAUUAAAGUCAGGGUAUGGGACGAGGACAACGACUUGAAAUCGAGACUCAGGCAAAAAUUAACUAGAGAAUCGGACGAUUUUUUAGGACAAACUAUUAUCGAGGUUCGGACGUUGUCGGGUGAAAUGGACGUUUGGUACAAUCUUGAAAAAAGGACUGAUAAAUCAGCGGUAUCCGGUGCUAUUCGAUUACAUAUCAAUGUAGAAAUUAAAGGAGAGGAAAAAGUCGCUCCUUAUCAUAUCCAAUACACGUGUCUUCACGAAAACUUAUUUCACUCAUUGUGUGAAAAUAAUGCUGGAAUAGUCCACCUACCUCAAGCUAAAGGAGAAGAUGGGUGGAAAACGUAUUUUGAACCUCCUGCACAGGAUAUUGUCGACGAAUUCGCUAUGAGAUAUGGCAUAGAAUCUAUUUACCAAGCAAUGACACACUUUCAUUGUCUUUCAACAAAAUAUUUAUGUCCUGGUGUCCCAGCGGUAAUGAGUACUUUGUUAGCAAAUAUCAAUGCCUACUAUGCACACACAACAUCCAGCUCAGCCGUUAGCGCAAGCGACCGUUUUGCAGCAUCGAAUUUUGGAAAAGAAAAAUUCGUAAAGCUGCUUGAUCAGCUACAUAAUUCGCUCAGAAUAGAUUUAUCAAUGUAUAGAAAUAACUUUCCAGCAUCCAGUCAAGAAAAAUUAAUGGAUCUUAAAUCAACUGUCGAUUUAUUGACCAGUAUUACAUUUUUCAGAAUGAAGGUACAAGAACUUUCAAGUCCACCAAGAGCUAGUACCGUUGUUAAGGACUGUGUUAAAGCAUGUCUAAGGUCAACUUAUCAAUUUCUAUUCGCUAAUUGUUACGAUUUAUACGGCAGAGAAUAUCAGACUGAUCCAAAUGAAAAAAGAGACGAAGACACGGGACCAAAGUUAGAUGAUUUAGGCUUUUGGGAUAAACUUGUAGCACUCGUUGCUUCCGUAAUCGAAGAAGAUAGAAAUAGUUAUGCGCCUGUUCUGAGUCAAUUUCCAGCAGAACUUAAUAUAGGACAGUUAUCCGCAGCAACAAUGUGGAGCUUCUUUGCCGUAGACAUGAAGUAUGCUCUAGAAGAACAUGAAACACAUAGACUUUGUAAAACUUCAGCGUACAUGAACCUCCAUUUUAAAGUAAAAUGGCUAUUUACUAAUUACGUAAAAGAUGCACCGCCGUACAAAGAUGCAAUACCCGAGUACCCAUCUUGGUUUGAACCGUUUGUAAUGCAAUGGCUAAAUGAAAACGACGAUGUGUCUUUAGAAUAUUUGCACGGAGCUUUUAACAGGGACAAAAAAGAUGGGUUCCAAAGAAGUUCAGAGCAUGCAUUAUUUUCCAACUCAGUGGUAGACGUAUUCACUCAGCUUACACAAUGUUUUGGAGUUAUAUCGAAAUUGGAAUGUCCUGACCCAGAGAUAUCCAAUCGAUACAUGAAAAGACUUGCUAAAACAAUUGUCAAAGUGUUAUUGGCAUACGUAGACAUAGUUCAAAAAGAAUUUGAUGCUAAAGAACUAGAUGAAAGAACUGCUUGUAUAUUAAUGAAUAAUAUUCAACAACUACGAGUACAACUAACAAAAAUGUUUGAAUCAAUGGGUGGCAAACAACUGGAAGAAGAUGCUACAGAUAUUUUAAAUGACUUACAAACGCAAUUAUUAAAAGCUUUAGAUGAACUAUCUGGAAAAUUCGGAAAAAGUUUGGAACCACAGAUAAAGAAAAGCGUCAAAGAACUUGGUGAGUUAUUACAAAGUAUUAAAGGAGGUAGCCAAAAUCCACAGCAAGUAUCUAUGAUGGAAGUAGACGAAAUAUUAAGACCAUUGAUGGAUCUAAUGGAUGGCUCAUUAUCAUUAUUUGCUCAAACUUGUGAGAAACCUGUACUAAAACGAAUUCUUCGUGAAUUAUGGAAACUUGUAAUAAGAAUAUUGGAAAGAUCAGUAGUCUUACCGCCAAUGAUGGAUAAAAGUAUGAUACUGAAAAAUCUUAGUGAAAACGCUAGAUCACUGGCAGCUAAUGCUAGAAUUGAAGACAUGUCCAGAUUAAUUAGAAACCAUAUGGCUGGAAAACAAGAUGUUAAAAAUGCUUUAACAGGAGUGAUGGAUAUGGAAAAGAACUUAAAUACUAAGCAGUGUAGGGUCUUAGAAUCUGCAUUAAAAACAAUAAAAACAUACUUCCAUGCUGGUGGAAAUGGAUUGAAAAAGAAGUAUUUGGAUAAAAGUUCAGAUCUUUUAUCUUUAUGUUAUGCUCUGUCACUUUACACAAGAUCCACAGAUGAACUCAUCAAAACGUUUGUGUUGUCGCAACUGCAUCAAGUACCACAAAAAAAUGAUCCAUUACCACGACAACCAUCACUAAUGAGUGGUACUGAGGUAAAAGAUGAAAUGGACGAAAUGGAUUAUGAUGAGGACGACGAAACCGAAGAGGAAGAAGCAUUAGAUGAAGCAGAAGAAGAUGUAAAAUCAAUGGGAAGUCGAAUGGAAAAACUUUUUGAAAUUUCAAGAAGACCAUUACAAGAAAAUUACGUAUAUGAAGAACCUUAUGGAGAAAUUUCUAUUAACGUUUACAUUGAAACACAUCCAACAAAUAACGAAUUUAAGCUCACUGUAACAGUGGUUGCAGCUAAUACACUGGUAUGGCCAACAACUGGUAUGUUCCGCCCGUUUGUCGAGGUAAACCUCAUUGGACCGAGACUAGCGGACAAGAAAAGAAAACAGUCGACGAAGAGUAAGUCGGGUAGUUGGAGCCCUAGGUACAACGAAGCGUUCGUUUUUUCGAUUAGCGCCAUCGAAGAUUUAGAAUGUUACGAAUUGCAUUUUUGCGUGAAAGACUAUUGUUUUGCUCGGGAAGAUCGGCUCGUUGGCGUAGCAGUUUUACAGAUGCGACAUGUUCCAAUAAUGGUCCGUACCGGCGAAUGGUUAGGCCUCGGCAGGAGAAUACAAAUGAACGAGACUGGAUGGACAAUUUUACGGAUACUUUCGCAGAGGUAUAACGACGACGUAGCUAAAGAAUUCGUGAAGCUCAAGUCGGAAACCAGACAGGAAGACCAGUCGUCCAUACAAGGGUCGUAAACAAAAAUCGACACGGGUUUUUAUCGCCAGUAGUCUUCCAUUGAAAACAAUAAAAUUAAGACUAGUUAAAAUAAUAAAUUAACUUCAAAAUGUUACAAAAAAAAAAAAAAUGAAAAUCGAUCAAGAGUUGUGAAUAGUAAUAACUUAACGAGGGCUUAGAAACAAUGAAAGUUCUUGUUGCAAUUACUGCACUAUAGUCGGAAAGGUGAUAGUAUUCAUUUCAAAGCAAAAACAAAUAACGUUGGUCUUUUUCAUAUUCAUUUUUCAUGUAAAAAAUUAUAUACGUUCAUAGCUAUAAAUUCUUAAAGAAAAAAAAAACACAUUAAAAAUUGACCAACAUUUUGAGUUUUAAACAAAUCAACGGGACCAUUCUCAAAUUAAAAAUUAAUUAUUCAAUUUAGUACACUGCAGUGUUGGUUGUAAUGAUUGUAAAACUUUCUGUGUGGUAGUUAGAUACCCAGAAUGCCAGGGCGUCUGGAUGGAAUAGGGUGAACACCACUAAUUUUAAGGUGGCUUUGAGUAUUUUAAUAUUUAAACAUUUGUUGUUCUAAAUUCACAGUACAAUAUUUAGGUAAAUUAAAAUUCUACUGUAUAAAGAGGGACACGAUAUAUACAGGUGCGCCAUUCCGCAUUACCGAAAACUACCUACCUACAAUACGUAUUAAAUGCGCUCUGUUGUUUUUAAUAAACCAAUAUUUUUAUACAAAAAUGAUAUUCCUGCGUCGAACAUCCGCGGAUUAUGUUAUUUAUAUUAUUAUCUAUUCCUAGCACUUUGGACGUAACUAUAAUAUUAUAUAACGAGAUGGGACGUCAUUUUUUCUCCGAAAGUUCCGACAAAAUAUGUUGUUGCUGUUAUUGUUAUUGUUUUUGUUAUUGUAGUUGUUGUUGUUUCAAACGGGCCUCUACUCCGGAACCUUUGACCAGCGACAGGUUAAGCCAAAUCAUAUAAUCGAUCCAUAAACCGAUAACCAUCCGGUUGGGUGCGUAAUUGCGGAACGCAUUAUCGUUUUUAUCUCUUUAUAUUACUCUGCAGGUAAUCAUGUCUAUUCUAACACUCUGACUUAAGUAUGUAUUAUGUAAUAUACAUUUCCUUGGACUCGACGACUUGAUAAUACGAAAUAUCGGUCAUUUUAUUGUGAAACGCUUAUUGAAACAUUAAACAUAAAAUCUAUAUACAUGUUUAAACAUCAAUCGUAAUACCUAUAUACCUACCUAUACCUAUUUAAAUGCUUUGAACUUUUGCAACUCUAAUAAUAUAGUAUUAAAAUACCAUACACAUGUUAUAUAUACAAUAUAUAUUGACUUAUAACGUCUUCCAUUACAUCAUGUUAUUUUCUUCUAGUACGCAUCCAUUUCAUUGAUUUCGUGUUAAGUGAUUGAUUAUUCUUAUUUUCAUUCCAUUCGCUCGGUUAUUUUCUUGUAAUUUUACAUUUCUUAGUGUCUUUAAGUAUUUUUACUAUAAUAAUUUAAUACUAUUCGUUCUUGAUUGAUUUUCUAGGCUAUUGAGCAUUUUACAGAUAUAACAUUUAAAACUUCCUGGCGAACUUUAUGUAAACCAUAAAAAAUGUCAGGGGGCAAAUAAUAAUAGGCCUCAUUCUUAUACCUACUCUUAUUCCAAAUUUGCAUUAUUCACUUGAUAAUAUUCAAAAAAUUUUGGGAAACACCUAUUUUUUUAUUCAAUAGGUUAUAAUUUAUAUUAUAUCCGUCCUAAUACCCAAUUAUAUUAUUGGUCAAAAGGGUUUCACAUGUAAUAUUGUUUUCACAGCAAUAAUUAAUUCGUAUUCGUAUUGUAAAAAAUAUAUUUAACCCGACGCAUCGUUGAAUAUUAUUUACAAAAUAAAAUGUGAUAAAACAUCGAUAUAUUCAAAUUAUUUUUUAUCAAUUGUAUUGUAAAUUAAUUUUAAAACCAAUAUUUAUUAAUACCUACUAUAACAAUAUGUGUAUAUUAUGAAUUAACUAUUUAAGCUAGCAAAACUAUUGUAAACUACAUAAUGUGCAGGUGGCCUACGUUGAAAACUUUAUAAGAGAUUUUGUUUCAAAAGUUACCUUCCAAACUCUUAUCCAAAACACUCGUUAUGUUUAUUAUGUUAAUUUCCCAUACCUAACCAACCGUACCAUACAUAUCGAUCUAUCGUUUCUUAUUUUAUGUUGCUAUAAAUAAUUAUUGUAUUAGUAUUGUGCUAAUAAUAUCUAUUAAUCUAUUAAUUUAUUGCUAUAAUCAUGUUUGUAAGUUCAAGUAUAGGGGCCUUUAUUUUUUAUAUAAUAUAUAACCUAGACGUUGAAUAUUUUAGUCGAAUCUGUUAAACUUCGGUUUUAGAUUGUUAUAACAAACAUUUACUAUAUAUCGUCAUUAUGAUUAACCAGGGUAAACGUAUUAAGCAAUGUGUUGUUUUUGUAUUAAUAUUUUAUUGUAAUUAUGCACUUAUAAUAAUUUUUUAACAUUUUUUUUUUAUAUAUAUAAUAUAUAUACCAAAUUCGGUUUCUAUACAAACAUUUAUAAAAAAAAAAAAAAAAUGAAACAAAAAAGCAAGACAAUAUGAUAAUUAUAUUGUUUGAACCGAAACUAUUUAUUGUGUUACUGCCCAUAACGUAAUUUUUCGGUGUAUUUUCAAACGGUGUCUAUGAAAAAUUAUUAACUUGUCUAUGCUCCUCUAUUAUCUUAGUCUUAUACUUGAUAUUAUUAUUUUUGAUUUCAUUCAAAACGAGUAAGUUAUUAAUAUUGUUAUAUUUGAUUUGUAAAGAUAAAUGAAAUCAACAAUAAUACCUAAUCAUCUAUAUAUUUAAGCUGAAUAAAGUGCGCUUUUUGUCUAUACUUCCUAAUUUAAGUCCUCCUUGUUAUUUUUAAUUUAUAUAAACGGUAUGGCAUGGUAACGAUAAUAAUGCUGAUAAUAACAGCGCCUGUCACCGCCUACAAUACCAAUUAUAUUAUUACUUUUAUUAUUCUUAUUAUCAUUACUAAUGUCUGCCACUUUACCUUACUAUUACCACUAUACUAUAUAGUAUAUAUAUAUACAAUAUACAUACAUAUAUUUUUGAUUUA